AUGAUUGAUUUUUGUCCCAAUCAAUUUCUAAAUUUAGGGCUUCAAACGGAAUUUACAAUCCAAUCUGAAAAUGAGUAUAGAUUAGCUUAAUAAAAUAGGAAUAAAUUAGUAAGUGUAGGUUCAUAAUAGAAGAAUCUCAAUAAUAUUGAAAAACAUAGAUAUUUGAAACCAAAUUCAUCAUUUGAGGAAUAUUCUGGUGAAUACAGUGUCAUAUGUGAUUAAUUAAGCAAUUAAAAUAGAGCCUAAAGCAUUACAGAAAAAGUAUAAAAUUUAUACAUAAACAGCAAUCUCGUUGGUUAAGAAUGGGAAUCAUAGAAAUCAAUUAUUAUUGUGAAUGUUGAUGAGCAUGCCAUCGAUCAAAUAGAUCUAAAUGAGUUUUUCAUUGAUUAGUAUUCAAUUUUUAUGAAUUGCGGUUUAAGGAUAAGUCUUUUAUCUAAUUCAAGAAGAUUGAGCUAGGCUGCUACUAAGGCAAGCUUGUUAUAAUCUUAAGAAUGA